CCUCUUUCUCUGGAAUAAUUUAUGCAAGUGACUAUCAGUGCUGCUGGUGAAGUGGGUUGGUAGGAGUGGCUGAUGCGCUGGCAGCCUGCUUUGCAUGAAGUUAGUGGCUGCAGCUUGGAUAUUUCCUGUCAGCCACACACAGCCGAGGCGAGGGCGGAGGAGAGGAGAGGGAUGGCAGAGAACAGCUCCGAGACAAGCAGCGCCGUUCACCGGAGAUGUUUGGCCCAUUCUCCGGUGGACAGAAAUAUUUCAGCCGGUGUCGGGGCAUCGAAAUGGAUUCGAUUAAACGUCGGCGGGACGUAUUUUUUAACAACAAGACAGACGCUGUGUAGAGAUCCAAAAUCAUUUCUGUACAGACUGAGCCAAGCUGACCCCGAGCUCGACUCCGACAAGGAUGAAACUGGUGCCUAUCUCAUAGACAGAGACCCCACAUACUUUGGGCCAGUGCUUAACUACUUGAGGCAUGGCAAACUGGUGCUCAACAGGGACUUGGCAGAGGAAGGUGUGCUGGAAGAAGCCGAAUUCUACAACAUCACUUCAUUAAUAAAGCUCCUCAAGGACAAGAUCAGGGAACGCGACUGUAAAACAUCACAGGUUCCAGUGAAGCAUGUGUACCGGGUGCUGCAGUGCCAGGAGGAGGAGCUGACACAGAUGGUGUCUACCAUGUCUGACGGCUGGAAGUUUGAACAGCUUGUCAGUAUAGGUUACGGGCGGGCCCACCAGUCAGAGUUUCUGCUGAUUGUGUCAAGGGAGGUGAAGGGAGAGGAGUCUGCUAAGCCAAACAACAGCGGAGAGCUGGUCAGCAUAGGCUCAUCUUACAACUACGGAAACGAAGACCAAGCUGAGUUCCUGUGCGUAGUAUCCAAGGAGCUGCACAAUCAAUCAUAUGGGACAAACAGUGAGCCCAGUGAGAAGGCCAAGAUCCUUCAGGAAAGGGGUUCCCGGAUGUGAAGAGGACUCAGUAUUAUGAGCUCCAGGUGUUAUGAUGCAAACAUAUCAUCUUUGUGGAAGAACGUUUGGCACAAUGGAGAUUUGAAGAGGGGGGGUGUGAAUUUGUUUUGCGUUUUCCCUCCUUUGUUUUUAUUUCUUGAUGUAAAUAAGUCUGUUUACUGACAAUGUGCCUGUACAUUUAAACUGGACCUUUUUUUUUUUCUUUUCAAUUAGCGGCAAGUUUUUUUGUUUUUGUUUUUGUUUUUAAUUGAAAGUAAGGAAUUGCAACGACAAAUGUUCUAUGCUAUAACAUAUGGCCGCUGUCAUACGAGGCCAAUGAUUCACUCAGGGUCAUCAGCUAAGUUAUAUCUUCCAUCCUCCAAGUCAAGGGUUUGCUAACAGAUCAAUCGGGACGGUCUUUGUAACUACAAAGUAUCAAACCUUAAAAUCAUUGUUUAAAGAUGUUAAGAAGGGAAUUUAGCAUUUAUUUAGCGCAUGUUAAAGAGUUGGGCUAUUAAGUGUGAAGAUCACCCCAAAUAACAAAUCGAUCAAAUAUUUUCCAAACCGUUCUACUGAGAUUUGUGAUCAUGAGGAUCACAGCUAUAAAACACACAUUUUCAGAUGCAUUUGAAACGUUUUACAUUGAUUCAGAAAUCUUUUUUCUGUUUCUAUUCACUGUCAAAAAACACACAAAUCUUAAUAUUCUCCGAUCACAAUGAAAACUGAACAAAUAAACGGCAGUGAUUUGAUACUGUUGGUAAAGAGGAAAUAGGUAAUUUCUCACUUGUAGAGCUUUUAUUGGUGAUGAGGUGAUCUGUAAUGAGCAUAUAAAAGUCCCAUUUUCCACAUAGACUAAAUAAGAUAGCUCAAGAGAUGCAACAGAAUAUCUGCCUUAUACGGUGAUCAAAGAUGCUUCUUUAUUGGCUUUCUCGGCUUGAGAAGUAAACGUGUUGCUAGUAUAGCUUUGUGUGGCGCCCUGUACUCUUAUCUCGCAACACAACCGCCCACAGGUGUGAGCUGUGGAAUUAAAUAAUUGUUUUCACGAAGUUCACUUCUCUGUAAUUUAAAGAUAAAACUUUAAAAGUACACAUUCAAAAUGUUGUUUCAAAGUAAGAUUUCUGUCACUUCUGCAAAUGUUUAGUGGGUUAAAUGUUCUACCAAAAAUUCUACCAAGAUUAGACAUUUUUGUUAACUCCUCAUGUUCAUAAGUCAAAAGUUAAUUGCCCAAAUAGUCCAAGUUUUUUUUUUAAAUGGGAUUUUUAUUUUACAGUGAUGUUAUUUAAAAUCCGGUGUCCUGCUUUCUGUAAGGAAAAACUUUUUUUUUGUCCACUAACUUCUGAAUUUUCUUAAACUGAUUUCUAUGUUUGAGGGAACAUUUAUGUUUAAGAUCUUUUUGAGGUGAAAUAUUUUUGGUGUGAGAGGUUUGGGGAACGGAACUGUUUAAGGCAGUGGUGAAGGACUUUUCUGUUCAUAUCCUGAGGAUUUUGUUUUGAUGUAAAUAAUCCAAAUUCAAUAUUAAUAUUUAACUCUUAAAAAAAAACUGCACGUUUUGUACACUGUAUAGAAAACACAACUUGGAACGGAAGUUGUUUAUACUGGAUCUUUAAAAAUGAGAAAAUUUUGACAAUGUUUACUUCAGUUUUGCAUUGUUUGUACAGAACUCUAGAGAUUUAGGAUGGAAAGAGCUGAUGCUGAACACGGUGUCUUUCACUGAUAACAUGCCUGAAACUGGUUUUGAUAACCAAUAACAAAGCUAUACUUGGCUGGCUAUGAAGUUGACUGUUACAUUUAAAAAAAAAUUGUUUUCCUGCAUUGCGAUAGAUUCUUUUAAGCUUUUUGAAUUGUGUAGAUUUCGUACACAGCAUUACAAGCACUACAGUGGAAAACAUCACUGUGCACAUUGCUUAAAGGCCUGUAAUGUUAAUGUAAAUACUGCCUUUUAGAACACUUUUUUUUUUUUUUUUUUAAUAUAAAGAAUUUUUUUUUGGUUGGAUUUGUGGUUUUCGUAGGUUGGAUAUUUCAUUCACUAAUAUUCCUGUAGUUUUGCCUUUUUCCCAAUGACCAAAAUCCAAUGUUUUAUGAGUAUUGUACACAUUGAUCUUAGUGUCAGGGAUGAGUAAACUUUUCUUAAUGCUGGCACACUUUGUGUAUAUACAUAGACUUGUUAACAUCACGAAACCCUCCGUUAACUUAACUGUACACGUACACUUGACUAAAACAAUUUUUAUAUUGUCGGGGAAACAAGUAUGGAUGCAUGUUUUUGAUAUAGAUAUACACACAAACACAUAAGGGCUUUUAAAGUGCAAAAUUUGACAUCUGUAAAGAGGUUCAAUCAAAGUAGACUGGAUUUCCUGCCAGAGUUAGGCUAUGUUUACAUUUGCUAUAGUGUUCUGAAGCCUUCCAAUUAUGUACUGUCUUGCACUCCCUCACACAUUAACGUUUGUCUGCCUUGUGUGACUGCACCAAUGGCACCUACUACUCCCCACUCCACAUGAACUGAUCUUCACACAGACGUGCUAACUAAUAAGUUACUCCAUCCACUUCUGACAGCCUAUACUAGAGCGUUGCAGACAAUCUUGCUUUCCACCCACUUUGAUGGCAGAGUAACUCACUUUUAAUAGUAUAAAACCUAACCUGCGUUGCCUCAGAGCAAAGGUUUUUUUGGGUCUUCUUUUGAGACUUUUAUUUUUUAUUAUCUGCAAUGAGAUUUUUGAGUGUUUUUGUGUUUUGAUUUGCUGGGUUCAGUUGUAACUUCAUUUGAUAAACUCUUAUCUGAGGUGUUUUACCCCUCUUCUUUAGCAGCUGCAUUUCCUUUAAUGCCCUUCACAAAAUGGCAUCGAUAAUCAUUUCAUGUGAUGGACAAACGUAUCAAAUCUGUAGCCUAAUACAAGUGCCCAGUUUGUUUUGCAUUCAAGUCAUAAGCCACAGACCACUGUAAUGCAUAAUUGAAGAUGGAAGAUCACACUUGUACUCAGAGGAAUAAAUGUCAUUUUUCCUCAAUCUAGCAAUUACAUCGAUGAAUACAGUUUUCAUAUCACUACAUAGAUCACUAUUCUAUAUGAUCUUAUGCAAUGUUAAAAAUGUACGAACUGAAGUUAAGGGGAUAGAUCUAUAUGGUAUUGCAUUAGGUAAACCCAAUAAAAAUGUUGUCAUUCA